CUCGCUCGGGAGCACGUGACUUUGUUCCGCCUCGUCAAAGAUGGCGGCGCCCAUAGCUGUAGCGUGAAAGUUGUUGUAAACGACCGUGUGCUGUCGUGCCGGAAUCAGAACCGCGGGGACCGUGCGCCAUGUCGCGACUAAUCGUGAAGAACCUCCCGAAUGGGAUGAAGGAAGAGCGUUUCAGACAGUUAUUCGCCGCCUUCGGUACACUGACAGACUGCAGCCUCAAGUUCACCAAAGAUGGCAAGUUUCGCAAGUUCGGCUUCAUUGGCUUCAAGUCCGAGGAGGAGGCCCAGAGGGCACAGGACCACUUCCACAGGAGUUUCCUUGACACUUCCCGGAUCACGGUGGAGUUCUGCAAGUCAUUCGGGGACCCGACCAAGCCCCGAGCCUGGAGCAAGCACGCCCAGAAGCCCAGCCAGCCCAAGCAGUCUUCAAAAGACAGAGACUCCGUGCCCCCCGAAACAAAGAAAGGUGACAAGAAGAAAAAGGCAGCAAGUGAACUGGACAAGCUGAAGGAGGACACCAGCUUCCAGGAGUUCCUGUCUGUUCACCAGAAGCGGGCGCAGGCGGCCACUUGGGCGAAUGACGCCCUGGCCUCCGAGUCCGUGAAAGGCAAGAGCAAGCCAGCCAGCGACUACCUGAACUUCGACUCUGAUUCGGGGCAGGAAAGUGAGGAGGAGGCAGCUGGGGAGGACGGGGAAGAGGACAACAGCCUUGAGCCCAAGGCCGCUGCACAGAAGGAGCUGUCAGACAUGGACUACCUCAAGUCCAAGAUGGUGACAGCCCAGUCUCCAUCGUCCUCGGAGGAGGAGGAAAGUGAAGAUGAGGCCGUAAACUGUGAGGACGGGAGUGAGGCAGAGGAGGAGAAUUCCCGUGAGGCCUCCACCCAGCAGGACAGAGAGAGGAUGGGGGCUCCCAAGGGAAGUAAAAGCCACCGGGAGGCCAGCAGUGAGAUGAAACCAGCAAACCAGAAGGAACCCACCACCCCCUACACCGUGAAGCUGCGGGGCGCGCCCUUCAAUGUCACAGAGAAAAAUGUUACAGAAUUCCUGGCCCCCCUGAAACCAGUGGCUAUUCGAAUAGUGAGAAAUGCUCAUGGCAACAAAACAGGGUACAUCUUUGUGGAUUUCGGCAGCGAAGAGGAAGUGAAGAAAGCUCUGAAGUGCAACAGAGAGUACAUGGGUCGCCGCUACAUCGAGGUGUUCAGGGAAAAGAGCACCCCCGUCACCAAGGGACCCCUAAGGAGCAGCGCCAAAGCCUGGCAAGGACGGACGCUUGCGGAGAACGAAGAGGAGGAGGACCUGGCUGACUCUGGGAGGCUCUUUGUGCGAAACCUGCCUUACACUAGCUCCGAGGAGGACCUGCAGGAGCUCUUCUCCAAAUACGGUCCCCUGUCUGAGCUCCACUACCCCAUCGACAGCCUGACCAAGAAACCCAAGGGCUUUGCCUUUGUUACCUUCAUGUUCCCUGAACAUGCUGUGAAGGCCUAUGCGGAAGUGGAUGGGCAGGUGUUCCAGGGCAGGAUGCUCCACGUGUUACCCUCCACCAUCAAGAAGGAAGCCAGCGAAGAUGCUGACGCACCUGGAUCAUCGUCCUACAAGAAGAAGAAAGAGUCUAAAGAUAAAGCCAACAGCGCCAGCUCCCACAACUGGAACACCCUUUUCAUGGGCCCGAACGCCGUGGCUGAUGCCAUCGCACAGAAGUACAGUGCCUCCAAGAGCCAAGUGUUUGACCAUGAGACCAGGGGCAGCGUGGCCGUGCGUGUGGCCCUGGGGGAGACCCAGCUCGUCCAAGAAGUCCGGCGCUUCCUCCUGGACCAUGGGGUCUGUCUGGAUUCCUUCAGCCAGGCAGCCGCAGAGCGAAGCCAGACUGUGAUUCUAGUGAAGAACCUCCCAGCCGGCACCCUGGCAGCUGAGCUCCAGGAGACCUUCGGACGUUUUGGCAGCCUGGGCCGUGUGCUGCUGCCUGAAGGUGGCAUCACUGCCAUUGUGGAGUUCCUGGAGCCCCUGGAGGCCCGCAAGGCCUUCCGACAGCUGGCCUACUCCAAGUUUCACCACAUCCCCUUGUACCUGGAGUGGGCUCCAGUGGGCGUCUUCUCCAGCUCAGCCCCCCAGAAGAAAGAACCCCAAGACACCCCGGCAGAUCCUGUGGAAAAGGACAGGGCAGAGCCAGAAGCAGUGCCAGACCAGCAGACCCCAGAAGAUGAAAAGCCAGCAGAGGGGGGAGCAGGCACCGCUGCGGCAACAGUGGACGAGGACGAGGACGAGGAGGAGGACGAGACCCUGCCCGGCUGCACCCUGUUCAUCAAAAACCUCAACUUCAGCACAACGGAGGAGACACUGAAGGGCGUGUUUUCCAAGGUGGGGCUGGUGAAGAGCUGCUCUGUCUCCAGGAAGAAGAACAAAGCAGGAGCACUGCUGUCCAUGGGCUUUGGAUUUGUGGAGUACAGGAAGCCAGAGCAGGCCCAGAAAGCACUCAAGCAACUCCAGGGUCACGUCGUGCAUGGCCACCAGCUGGAGGUGCGUCUCUCGGAGCGGGCCACCAGGCCAGCCGUGACAGCCACCACACGGAAGAAGCAAAUUGCCAGGAAGCAGACAACCUCCAAGAUCCUGGUGCGGAACAUCCCCUUCCAGGCCAACAGCCGGGAGAUCCGCGAGCUCUUCAGCACCUUCGGGGAGCUGAAGACCGUCCGCUUGCCAAAGAAGAUGGCUGGGACAGGCGCGCACAGAGGGUUUGGCUUUGUGGACUUCCUCACCAAGCAGGAUGCCAAGAGAGCCUUCAACGCCCUGUGUCACAGCACCCACCUGUACGGCCGCAGGCUGGUGCUGGAGUGGGCCGACUCCGAGGUGAGCCUGCAGGCGCUGCGGCGGAAGACGGCUGAGCACUUCCACGAGCCCCCGAAGAAAAAGCGGUCUGUGGUGUUGGACGAGAUCCUGGAGCAGCUGGAAGACAGUGAAAACGACAGCGAGGAGCAAACCCUUCAGCUGCGCGCUGGCACCGAGAGGGGCUGCUGAGCUGCAGGUCCCAGCCACAUCUCUCCCAGGGACUGCUCACUGCUUGGGCCUGGGCUCUGCCCUGCCCCGCCCUUGGCACCAACACCACAGGCCUGGCUGAGUCAGCAGGGCAACCUCGGGCCGCGACACGGCUGCCGGAGAGCACCCGGCCCCGCGCCACCGCCGUCCCUGCGCCUGGGCUCAGCUGACCAGACGUCCUGCACUCCCCGCAGCCGUGAAGCUGGUCGGGUCCCCGGCACAGAGUGCCCCAAGGCUCACCCAGGCAUGGGGUGUCCAGCACGUGCCUUGUCCAUCCCGGAGGUCAGCCUCCCCCAGCGGGAGGGUCUGCCCCACUGACCGGGGUCUGAGUCCACCUCGAUAUUCCCAGCUCUGCGGCCUUGGACCGGCAAGCCCGCUGGGACCUUGACUCCUCUCUCUGUACAUUGGGGGUGAUGCGCGGCCUGCCCCAGGGGUCGCACUUGGACUGAAUCAGUGGGUCCCAGUAAAGCCCAGGGAACACACUCAUCAACAUUGUGUUUACCUCUGUGGGGACACUGGGUGAGGUUCCCUGCGGGGUUCCCAGUGGGCUCCAGGAGUCCUCAGACCAUGCAUUUGCCAGAGAGGAGGUCCCAGUCUUCAGAUCGGAAACUGCACUGGGCUGGGAUGCUUCCUAACCAGUCGCAGCUCGGCCCCGAAGGCACAGGCCCAGAGCACCUGCCCCCCGCCUUUGUAAUGGGCCACCCUGCAGACAGCAGGUUGCCCACAGACUUCUGGGGGUGUCUCGGGGCAUCAAUGUCAAGCCCUGCCAGACCAGGCCUCCACAGUGCUGGGUCUACGGGAGGGCAGCUGGACUCCACCCAGUUCCUUCCGGCUGCCCAUCCUUUUUCGGGGCCUGUGGGUGGGCAGUGCUGGCUGACCACACAUUGGUAUUCACAUGUCCACACCACCAGUGCCCCAGGGGAUGGUCCUUCAUCACCCAAAGUAAGAGCGUCAGACCUGCCUGUGGGCCUGCAUCAGGAGGCAUCAAUGGCACUGACUUAACUGAUGGGUGGCGGUUCUGGAACCUUCCCAGAGCAGGAUUUGCUGUCCCUGGUGUCAGCGGGCUGAGCUCAGUCUCUACGUUAAAGCCCCCCUGGGUUUUGGGCAGCCUCGGGAAUGUGGGCCUGUCACUUAACCUUCCAGUUCUCAGUCUCAUCUUUAAAAUGGGGUGAUGCUAACAACACCCCCUUUGCAGGCCCAGAUUGCUUUGGGGCCUGCAGGAUGUGGACCUGUCUGACCCCAGAGACUCAGGCCUUUAAGGUUCAAGCUUUCAGCCUUGCCCUCAGGCUCUGGAGCAACAGGAAGCCAGGCAGUCUUGGAGAAGCUGUUAACCUGAGGCAGGAACAGGAGAGAGGGCCGCCCCAAAUCAGCCCCAAGCCCCAUCAGUCCUUCCUGCCCAAGCCUGGCCUCUGUGCCCCUACUCUUGGGCUCACCGUGUGUGGCGGGGGUGGGGGGAUAGGAGCAGGUAAUUUGACUCCUGUGGAGAUUUCAGGGUGCCCCAUCACCCUGUCUUCAUGCCACCCCUAGCUCCCACAGACACCUCCACGCUUAUCUCCCUUCCCCCUCACCGAGGAGCUCUGCAUUCUGCACGAGCAGAGGAUCCAGAAGAUCCGUGAACUGGAGUGUGUCCGUUGUAGCCUGAAACCCGUCAGGGCCCCACCCCACCCCCUGGACACACUUAGAAUGAAGUCAGUGACAAGAAGGUGCUGCCUACCCUUGCCCAGUGCUCUGACCUUUCCGGUGCACGCACCGCGGACCCGUGCACCCGCCCUCCCUCUGCCGGGACGCCCCUCAUUCACAUUUCUCCCGACUGUCUACUUUUUCCCCUUGGGAUCUUCAUUAGAGAUUCCCGUCCUCUUCAGAAAGGCCGCUUUCCCCGAGGGCACCUGCUCCACACCCGCUCCUGUCCCACUUCUCCCCUCCGCGCCCUGCUCCUUGCACAGAGCUCACCGUGGAGAAGCAGCUGCGGCUGUGGUCAUGGCUAUCGUAGUCCUGGUGAUUCUGGAAGGAAGCGCCGGAUCCUAGGGAGCAGAACCUGAGCCUGGGUAAAGCACUCAGCUUGGCCCAGAGGAGGGUCCCCAUCCUUCCCCCCUUGGGAAGGGGCCACAUGAGCACAUUGCAGGAGAAACGCCUUGACCCUAGUGCGGGAGCCCAGCCUUUGAGACCAGGCAGCAGGAAGGUGGGGUCCGGGGCACUGAGUUUGCAUGAAAGGACAUUGGAGGAUCAAACGCCAGAGGAUCUAGGAGAGAAACUCCAGAAACACACCAUGGAGGUCGUGCAGGGAGGGGCUGCCGUCUCCAUGGACUUCCUGGUCCACAAGCAAACUGGUGGGGGCGGAAGACAGGCACGUCCACUACCAGAGGGGUCUGAGGCCCGCAAAGAGUCCUGAGAGAGAUCGGACAGAGGCUGGCCCAGGCCAGGCACCAGAAGAGGAGAAAGGCCAGACCCAGGAGGCCGGGGGCCACAGGGCCAGGGGGCAUCUGCUCUGGUGGGGGCCCUGGCUAUGAGCGCUUGGGAGCAGGGCUGGGCAAAGAGACCGAGGCCCGCCCAGGUUUCUGCUCUGGUCCUGCAGCCUGCCUGCCCAGGCUCCCCUGCUCCAGGUUGCUUGGGGGAGAAACAGGACAUUCCCCCACUUUGUCCUGCAUGGAGAGUCCACACCCUUGGCUGGUAAUACCACUGCCUCCCUGAGACCCUACAGUUUGGGGGUGCUGUCUUCCACUGGCCGCUGGCUCUGGCCUACAGUCCUCUCUGGAGCUGCUGGAGAGGCAGUGGGAAUCUGAGCAUCUGGAGGGAGCUGGUGAGGCCUGCUCCCCCGGGGCAAGGAGCACAGGUAGCUGCCUCUUGGGGGAGGGGCAGAGCAGAGGGAAGGGGAGGAUUUGUUCUGUGCUCCUGGGGCUGCAGAAGGCCCAGCAGAUGGCAACCCGAGAAUGGCAGGAGCCUCGUGGUCUGGGGCAGCCAAAGGCCUGAGGCCCUGAGGAGGCCUGAAGGGUGAGCCGGGUGUUCACACACGGGCUGAGCCUUGGGGAGGAGAGGCCUGGGUGAGGGGGCCUGGCUGGAGUGCAGUAGCCACACCCUGGACAGAGCUGGGUGACAGGGAGCCCACGGAAGGGGUGGGGGCAGAAUGCACAGGCCAAGGCUCCAGAAGGCCAGGGGGCACUCAGCCCGGCCCACUGCCUGCCAACCGGUCUCAGCAUCUCCUGUUGUGAUUCCAAAUCUUAAAAUGGGUGGAAAGCUACCUUAAAACGGGUGGGCUUUUUUAAAAGACAAGGUCCACACUCCAGGGCAGGAGACUCGGCCAUGUCUCACGCCUUCUGAACCCUCCGCAAAUGUAGUGGUUAGAGGAACAUUUGCAGAGGACACCCACCUAAUGCCCAGUGCCGAGGAAGUCAGGACAUGGGCCUCCUGGGCCGCCUGGGGUACACAGGGCAGGACCGAGCUUGCCAGGGGGUGAGUCAUGGUAGAAAGGAGUCUAUCCAGGAGGGUGGCCCAGAGGUGGCCCUCCAGCCCCAGGACAGGCCCAGCCCGAUCGGCGGCGCCGGCGGCUGAAGUGAACAGCUGGGCAGCACGUGAGCUUGUUCCCAGGGGGGCCUUUUGCUCCUAUCCCUCUCCAUGCUGGGGUCACCCGUGGGCAGGGGUGCCCUUGUUCCCAUAGUAGAACUGACUUUUUGGGAGGCUCAGGCCGCUAGGUCAGCACGCCUUGGCCGGGGUGCAGACUUCGCUUGUGUAAAGAGCUUCCGUCAACACCCCACCGGCAAAAGCCUGAGGCCGAGGGUGACCUCAGGGCACGUGGUGGAGGCCGGGCCAGGCCCAGAGAGCUGCCUCCCUCAUCCUGCAUCCUCCUGCUGGUGGGCACUCGGGGCAGGGGCUGGAGUGGGGCGACCCUGGACCAGCCCUGGCGCGGGCAGCACCAGCACCUGGACUCGGGCCCGGGGGGCUUCAGCUUCUGGGGAAGGGUGAGCGCGUGGAGAGCUGUCCUGGCCAUGCAGGGAGAGUGGGGAGGGGCAGAGGCUGCCCAGGGAGUCCUCAGAGCCCACUGCUAAUCCUCUGCCCCAUUCGCUCACUCACCCCCAAACACUCAUCGGGCACCCCUAGGCACGGGGCACCACGCCGGGCGCCAGGGACCAGGGACAGAAGUGGGGGCGCGGGCCCAGCCCCACCCAGGCAGAAGGCAAUUUGCAGCGGCCUGCGCCCGCCUUUCCCUGCUUGCCUCCCCUGCCUCCGUGGGUUUUGUCUUAGCGGCAGCGCCUGGCUGUGCUAGGCAGCUUGGAGGAAAGGAUUAGCGCAAGCCGAGCAUGCAGGCUUUGGUGAGCACAGCCGAGUUUGGUUUCAACAUCUAAUUCAAUUUGUUCUGCCGAGAUUGAAAUAUGAAAUGGUUGCCAGUCAAACGUUCAAAGGACGGUGGAGGGAGAGUGAGCAGGGAGAGAGCGCUGCUGAAAUUUAAAUUUUAAUGAAAAUGACUUUAACCCUUUGGUGUACCCCGAGGAGGCCUGCCCGCGCCCCGCCCCUGCCGAGAGCCGCUGGGGUCCUCUCCUCCCUGGCUCUCCUGCGAGCCUGCCUAGUAAGCUGUUAAGAAUUUUUUUCCAGCAUAUCAUGUUUAAUAAUAAAAGAUUAAUGCAAUACUUGCUUAAUAAUC